AUGUUUCCGACCAUUGUUUCGGCCCUCUUCCUUGCCGUCACGGCAUCUGCGUCUUCCGCCUGCAAAGUCACCCCUUACGACCCAGCAUGGCCUUCCAAUGCCGACUGGGCAGCUCUCAAUGCCUCUAUUGACCACCGGCUCCUCAGCACCGUGCCAGUUGCAUCAUCCUGUUGGACCGGAAACCCCUUUGGAUCUUCCGUCUCUUGCAGCGCCGUUGAGGAGGAUUGGGCCAAUGCUUCGUGGCAAUCCCGGUUCCCCGAGUCGAUCGAUUACCCUGUCUAUGCGAACAACUCCUGCUUGCCACCAACUGCCGAUGGCUAUCUCGCAGAACGCGGCUGCACAACCGGCGGCAUGCCACAAUACAUCGUGAAUGCCACCAGUGAAGAACAGAUUGCGACGGCGAUGAAAUGGGCUGCUGAUCGCAACAUUCGCAUUGUCGUCAAAGGCACCGGUCAUGAUCUCAAUGGACGAUCUAGUGGCGCCUUUGCAUUGUCCAUUUGGACCUACAACCUGCGAAAGCUAGUGCGCAACACUUCUUGGCGGAACCCAUCCACCAACGCAUCCCAGGACGUGUACAUUGUCGGCAGUGGCCAGCAGUGGGGAAAUGUGCUCGACCUAGCUCUUGAACAAGGCAGAGUAGUUACCACCGGCCAAGACCCCAGCGUCGGACUGGGUGGCUACAUCCAAGGCGGCGGCCACGGUCCCAUUUCACGGACAUAUGGACUCGCCGCUAGCCACGUUCUCCAAAUGAGAGUGGUGACCACAGAAGGCCAGAUCCUAGUUGCCAACGAUGCCGAGAACCAGGACCUGUUCUGGGCCCUCCGUGGUGGUGGCCCCGGUCUGUACGGAGUCGUCACCGAGUAUGUCAUCCGGCAUCACCCAGUCCCCCACAACGUAAUCAUGGGCAAUGUCCUGAUUGGCCCCAAGGACGGUAGCAACGCCAGCGCCGAGAAGUCCUGGGACGCCGCGGUACGCCAUCUCUCUGCACUUCCAGACCUCAUGGACGCCGGAGUAGCCGGGGCCUGCAUGGUGGCCACCGGCGAGAUGGCCAUGUCCUUCGCAUCACUCAAAGAGUCCACAACCGGGGUAGUGAUCAAACAGGUCUUCUGGUCCUUCAACUCCACUCCCGCCGCAAUGGAAGCCCUCGUCAACCCCGUUCUCGCCAACAUCACCCAGGCAGCCGGCAACAACUCUCUCACUGUUUCCUUCUCUGCAUCCAACUCCGGGAAUUACUCCUCUUUCUACAGCGCCAUCUCCGGCAGUGAAGUAGCCGGUGGACAGAGUCUCGUGUCCAGCCGUCUCCUCGGACGGGCUGAGCUGGUCGAUACCCCGUUCCAGAAGCAAAAGGGGUACCUCAAGAUCGCCAUGCGCUCGCAAAACUCCACAGCCGGAACCUACGCCACGGUGGGACUACAGGGUGGACCUGGUGUCAGAGACACGCCCCUGACGGCAUGGGGCGCCAUCCUUCCCGCGUGGCGUUCCGCAUAUCUCCAUUUCAUUUCGAACGGGGCCACGGUGGACCCGGUUGCCGCUGGGUCGCCGAAGCUGGCGUUGGAGAGCGCGGCGCGCUAUAACGAGGCUAAGGAGGAGAUGUGGAGAGAGUGGUCGCCAAAUUCAGGGGCUUACAUGAAUGAGGCCAAUCCCUACGAUAGCAACUUUAAGCAUGAUUUCUAUGGUUCCAACUAUGAUGGUCUGGUUCAAAUCAAAGCGAAAUAUGAUCCCAGUGAGAGUCUAUUUGUGCUUUCGAGUGUUGGGAGUGACAAGUGGCAGUAUGAUUUGGACUCUGGCCGACUCUGCAAAGGGAAUUGA